AUGGAUCGAACCAAGGAGAGGCAAGACACUCCUGUCAUGGAACAAUCGAUGCGAGUUGGUGAUACGACGAUGCAAGGUGUGGACCACGUGCGGCUACCGCAAAUAAAACUACAAACCUUCAACGGAGAUAUCGACGAGUGGUUAGGCUUUCGAGAUCUCUUCACCUCACUUAUUCAUUGGAAGACCGACUUGCCAGAGGUGGAAAAGUUUCACUACCUGAAGGGGUGUUUGCAGGGUGAGCCUAAGGCUCUAAUUGAGUCACUACAAAUAACUCGCGCUAAUUACCAGGUGGCGUGGGAAAUGCUGUUAAAGCGUUAUAAUAACAGCAAGCAGUUGAAGAAGCGUCAAAUCCAAUCGCUGUUCAAAUUGCCCAGUUUAACAAGGGAAUCGGUUACCGAUCUUCAUUCGUUAUUGGAAGGUUUCCAGAGAAUAGUUCAGACGCUUGAUCAAAUCGUACAGCCUAACGAUUAUAAGGAUCUGUUGCUGAUAAACUUACUUUCGGUUCGGCUAGAUCCAGUUACACGUAGAGGAUGGGAGGAACAUUCUUCAAUUAGAGACCAGGAUUCAUUAACAGAUUUAACGGAGUUUCUUCAUCGGAGGAUACAAAUAUUGGAGUCGCUACCACCUAGAUCCGCUGACACUAGGGGUGGUCAGCUAUAA